CUCAAGUGGGCGACUGUACAAGUUGCUAUGAAGCGUGCUUCCUCAUCAGAUAGGUCCUCACUGGGCCCUUUAAGGAUUCGGAAUGAAGACAGUUCUCGCAACAGUCGGAACUCCAUAUCAAAUUCAGCUCGUACAUCAAAGAGUGGCAGAUCUUUAUCUGGUAACCGAAUGUCGACUGGAGGUCGCCCUUCAAUUUCAAACAGUAGGCCGUCAAUCUCAGGCAACAGGAAGUCUAUGUCACAAGUUCCUAGGUUUGGUCAGGCACAAAAAAGCAGGUUGUCUCGAGGAAGUGGUGUAGGUAUGAGGAGCAAUGGUGUACCAAAAGAUCCACGACCUGUAUCGGACAAGUCAUACCAACUGAAAUCUAUCAAGACAGUUCUAGAGUUUUUAACAGAGCGAGGAUACCCACAUAACAUUACCCCAAAAAUAUUGCAAUCACCAACAUCAAAAGAUUUCUUCAAAAUAUAUGAGUUCAUAUAUGGAUUCAUAUCUCCGAAGUACAAGAUAUCACCGAAACCAGAGGAAGAGAUUCCACGUAUCUUGAAGUUGAUUGGCUAUCCAUUUCUGAUAUCUCGAACGUCUAUGUUUGCUAUUGGCAGUCCACACACAUGGCCGCACAUCCUUGUGGCUUUGACAUUUCUCAUUGAGCUUAUCAAUUAUGGGAUGGCAAUUGGUGAGCAUGUGGAAAAUUUGAUGUUUCCUCCAGAUGACGAUGUCUUUGACAGUGAAAGUAUGUCAGAAACACAGAUAUUUCAUCAGUAUAUAUGUGGUACAUACCAUUCAUUCAUGGAUGGUAAUGACGAGUAUUUGGAAGAAGACAGUAACCUCAGAACAACAUUAAGACACAAGUUGCUAGGGGCCGGUGGUAUUGAUGGUUUGAUAGAUGAGAACAAUGCUCUGGAACAACAGUUAGAACUUCUGGAGAAAGAUACAGACCGUUUGAAAGCAGCCAAUCAGAGGUUAGAAUUGUUACAGCACGAUGAUGAAAGACUGGUUAGUUAUUUGAAUGAGUUGGAGACACACAAACGACAACAGGAACAACAGUUGUCCGAGGUGGAGGAACGCUGUGCUAAUAUUGCAAUUGAGCUGGAAUCUGAGAAUGCAAAGAUACUAAAGAUGCAGUUGAUCUAUGAGAACCAGGAGUUCACACAAGAAGACGUGGAGAGAAUAAACAUGAGACGUAGAGAACUGCAACGUCAGAAAGCAGAUGUCGAGAAAAAUUGCCAAGGGGUUGAUGAGGAUAUUUGGAAGGAGGAGAUAGCUUUGUCAAAAGAAGUAGAACAGAUUCAGACCAAGUGUCAGGCAUAUAAUAAACUGGCUCACAGUUUAAAACUGAUCCCUAUAUCAGCGGAGAACUCAUCUGGCAUUGACUAUGAACUGAAGAAAACAGCCUACAAUGACGGCUCUGUGUCCAACUUUCAGGAUAUCAUAAAGGUAAAAACUUUGAUAAGUAAGCAGGACAUCAAAGAAUUUUUUGAGCUAUUGUAA